AUGGGAGGUGUUGUUGACAGAUCCCAGUGUGCAACUAUUCACGAUGCCUUAACAGGAUCCGCGGACGAACUUCACGGGGACAUAAAUACCAAUAUGGCAGCCCCUUCCUCUUCUCCAGUCCACUUCGACGAGGCAAUAGGGCCAGCCAACGACGUCCAAAUCACAGAAAACAGAGGAAUGCUUAACAAGGACCACUGUGUCAUAAUUCAGGGCCUCGCAGAGUCCUCCGCCAGUUCCCCCAGGGAACGAAUCGCAGCUGACUUAGAGCAAUUCCAGAAACUCCUCAAUGAAAUGCUGCAACCAACAGAAGAUGUCACAGUCCUAAAGGCGUUUCGUCUUGGUAGCCGUACAAAUGCCGCUCCGAAGACGCGACCGCGACCCCUAAAAAUCGUCCUAGGUAGCAAUGAGCAGGCGAAACUAAUACUUUCCAGGCGUUUUCGAUUGAAGCCUUCCCAUAAAGGAGUGUUUUUUCAGCCGGACUACUCACCUGCCGAGAGAAUGAAACGCCGCGAACUUGUCCUAGAAUUGAGAACACGGCAAACCAACGGAGAAAAAAACUUGACAAUCUACAAAGACCGGAAUGUCAAAAGACAUUCCGCUCCCCUCUGGAUCAAGCCGAUCCGAAUGACUGCACAGCUAACCCAGUAGCCCGUGUCGGGUUUGAAAACAAAUCUCGCAUGAACUCGAAACUCAUAUUCAUGUUUACCAACGCGCAAAGUGUACUUUCUAAACUGGACGAACUCCGUAUUCAUACCUACGACCUCCAUCCAGAUGUUAUCUCAAUAACAGAAACAUGGUUGUCCAAACAGGUUGAUGAUAGAGAGCUCAUGCUCCCUGGAUUUCAACUGUUCCGCCGAGACAGAGAAAACAGAAGGGGUGGAGGCAUAGUAACAUUUGUUAAGAACGGCUUGCACGCUUCAGAAAAAAACUGCCCAACUGACUUGUAGUACCGAAGCAUUAUGGCUGACCAUAAGGGCACCGGGCUCUCAAAGUCUCGAUAUCUUGACAGUAUAUCGGCCCCCGAGAAAUGACCCUGACGCUGAUGCCCAACUGCUGGAGGAGCUCAGAUUAUUUUCAACGCGGCCGACCACUCUCAUCGUUGGAGAUUUUACUGCACCUCACAUCGACUGGAGCUCGGCCUCAGCCGACUGCUCUGGAGCAGCAUUUGACCAGCAGCUACUGCGUACCUCCGACAACCUGCUUCUCACACAACACGUAAUGUUUCCAACUAGAGUUCGAGAGGGCCAACAGAUGAACUGCCUCGAUCUUGUGUUCACCAAGUCGUCUGACAACAUCGACGUUGUGAAUUUCCUCCCCCCGUUGGGUCAGAGUGACCAUGUAGUUCUCAUGCGGGAAUACACGUUAUUCUCCCUUCUUGCACAACCGCUCGAUUCCCGACCCAAUAUUUGGCGCGGCGAUUUCGAACGGAUGAAAAAGGAUCUUAGUCCUAUCGACUGGGCAUCCACUCUCUCCGGCGAUGUCGAAGAGGCUUGGUGUCAGUUCAAAGAGUUAGUCCACAACCUCAUCUCCAACCAUCUCCAUCUCCAUGCGCAAAAGACUAACAAAUAG